UGUGCAACGCAAUCCUUCCGCUAAAAACUUUAUCCACUGCGCACCGCGACACUCAACACAAACGUAGUAACAGAGACAAGGACCCUCUCUCUCUCUCUCUCUCUCUCUCUCCGUGGAUCUUUAGAUACCUUCUAUCAGCGAUGCCAGGAGCCGUCAUCGAAGAAAUUGAAGCCCAGAAGAAGCUUCAGGAGGAUGCGCCGGUGAUCGAGGACGUGAAAGAAGAAGACGACCACGACGAUGACGCUGACGACUCCGACGACGACGACGAUGACAAGGAAGACGGCGGUCAAGGUGCAAAUGAGAGUUCAAAGCAGAGUAGAAGUGAAAAGAAGAGCCGCAAGGCAAUGCUGAAGCUAGGCAUGAAACCUGUUACUGGUGUUAGCAGGGUUACCAUUAAGAGAACCAAAAAUGUAUUAUUUUUCAUCUCGAAACCUGAUGUCUUCAAAAGCCCGAAUUCUGAGACCUAUGUCAUAUUUGGAGAAGCAAAGAUUGAGGACUUGAGCUCUCAGCUGCAGACACAGGCUGCCCAGCAGUUCAGGAUGCCAGACAUGUCUGCGAUGGCGAAGUCUGAUAUUUCUGCUGUUACUGGUGGAGCACCUGCAGAUGAAGAAGAGGAAGAGGUUGAUGAAACUGGGGUGGAGCCUCGGGACAUUGAUUUGGUGAUGACUCAAGCUGGCGUGUCCAAGAGCAAAGCUGUCAAGGCUUUGAAGACUCACAACGGAGACAUUGUCAGCGCUAUCAUGGAGCUCACAACUUAGGUCGGCAGGCAAUAUGGUUGGUGCUCUAUGAAGAUGGUUUCCUGAAUUGGUGAUGACUGUUGAGUGGAAAUGUUUUUAGGAAAAUUUGAUGGUGUCAUUUUCGUAGAAUUUUAUAUUGUUGCACCGGCUACUAGCAAGGUACAUUUUUCUUUUUUACUUUGUUGGGCUUUGAACCGUGGUGGCAAAGAAUGCGUUAUUUUAAGAUGUCAUACCAAAUAGUUGUUGCCUGUUUGAACUCUUUUGUGGGAAUUGCCAUGCUUUAUCAUUCAAUUUUCUCCAUUUGUGUUAGUUGUAUGUAUGAAGGAGUUUCUUGCUCUUA